ACGAAGAAAAGUGUUUGACAGUGAACGAGAACGAUCGAAGGAUGAGCCGACUGUUUCUGAUCCUGCUGCUCGUGUACGUCGUUUCGGCGACUCGAUGCAUCGUGAAGGACGACAAGGACGAGCCAGAGGUUCACGUGAUCCGCUUAGGAGAUCGCAGUGGAGAGUCAGACGAGUCGGACGUGGUCACGCUGCAGAUCCCGGACACCAGGCGCAAACGGGAAACGCAUGAAAUUUGCAAGAAGGACAGCGAUUGUACGAAAGGAGACGUCUGCGUUCCUUAUUUAGGAUGCAUGAAGGGACAUCGAAAAGAUCGCGCGUCGAAUAAUUUCACUCAGAUGUAAUCGCCCCUCCUCGAUUCGAUUCAACGAUGAACCAUUAUCUCCUCGACCAUAUAUACAUAUAUAUAUAGUAAUAACGUAUUUACACGCACCUAACACACUUGUACGCACCUCGUGAUUCGAAACAAUAAAGUGACUUGCAUUGAAA